GCCACUGGAAGCGAAUAUUGGUAAAUUCAAUGAAUGGCGAGCGAUGCCAUGUAUUUCCGAAAUAUCGUAUAAAAAUGAUAUCGAAUACAAACAAAAAAGAUGCACAUUGGUUUCAAAUUGUGGUAAAUAUAGUCAAGUGUGAUUAGUCAACUGACAGGAGACAUUAAGAGUUCAUAAAAGAUUUUAGGAAAUUACAUAUAUUGGUUGUUUUGAGGAUUACGAAAGGCAACGGUUUUUGUUUAUGUUCCACUAAAUAUGGAGGUAAUGAAUCGGUGACAACUGUGUUAAAAAUGUUAGUUAAAGCAGCUUUUAAGUGAACCAAGUAAAAUUCUUAGUGUCUCUGUUCCAAGAAUUUGUUUUCAUAGCGGAUAUAAAGUUAGUGAUAAGUAUUGUGUUAUUAUGUCUGAUAUUCAAGAACGGCAACAGAACGGCGGAAAGUCAAGCCAGGACGGGAAUGUCGGAGAGCCUUACGAUGAAACCAUUAUACAUAAGACAAUAUUGGUGGGAGAUUCAGGCGUUGGUAAAACCUCGUUACUUGUCCAAUUUGAUCAAGGGAAAUUCCAAGUGGGCUCAUUUUCUGCUACUGUGGGGAUAGGAUUUACGAAUAAAGUUGUAGAAGUAGAUGGAACUAAAGUUAAAUUACAGAUAUGGGAUACGGCGGGUCAGGAGCGUUUCCGGAGUGUUACACAUGCCUAUUACAGAGAUGCAAAUGCUUUAUUACUGCUGUAUGAUGUCACAAACAAGUCCAGCUUUGACAAUAUCAGGGCUUGGCUCACAGAAAUUAAUGAAUAUGCUCAAGAAGACGUUGUCAUCAUGUUGCUAGGCAACAAAUCCGAUAUGGCCAGUGAGAGGAUCAUUAAAACGGAGGACGGAGAAAAAUUAGCCAAGGACCAUGGUGUGGCUUUCAUGGAGACAAGUGCAAAAACUGGGAUGAAUGUUGAUUUAGCUUUUAUGGCAAUAGCUAGGGACUUGAAAAUGAAGAAGACCCGUCAGCCAUCAGAUCCUAAAUUUAAUGUAGCAGAAUAUGUAGAUAAGGAGAAGAAAACUCCAGGUUGCUGUAGCUAGCAUUGUCUAUACCCUGUGUGAUACUGGUCGAUAUACUACACUGUUACCCUUGGAUAUACUACACUGUUGCCCUUGGAUACAAGAACAAUGCUGUUAUUAGAUAUAUUACACUGUUACCCUUGGAUUAACUGUUACCCUUGGAUGAAUAAUUAUAAUGUUAACCUUUGAUAUAAUAUAAUGUUACUACUGUAGUUAUGUCUCCCACAUGUAUUGGGGGAGACAUAUCAAUUUAGUGCUGUUCAUUGGUCUGUCAGUCAACACCUGUCCCUCUGUCAGUCACGAAGUUUGUCCAGGCAGCUUCUCCACUGGGGGAAUUUACACCAGACUUCCAAGGAGUGAUCAUUACUAGUUGUGCAUAUUUUCACCUUUUUCCGGUUUGAUGAUUUUCAGUGGAGUUACGGCCCUUGAAUUGUCAAAUUUUAUGAUGUUUCGGCAACUUCUCUUUAUUAUUUGGUGGAAUUCCACCAAACCUUAGAGGGGUUAUUGGUACCAAGCCUUGUUGUGCAUAUUGUUGCCAUGUUCCGGUUCAGUGAUGUCAGUGGAGUUAUGGCCCUUAAUGUUUUGUAUUUUACCUUGUUUGGGCAACUGCACCAAUACCUAAAGGAGGAAUUACAAGAAACCUCACAAAAGUGAUCAUUGCCAAGCCUAUUUUUUGCAUAUUAUCAGUAUGUUACAGUUUGGUGUUUUCCAGCAGAGUUGGGGCCCUUGAUUCGUCAAAUUUUAUGUUUUAGCCAUUUUUCUUAUAUAAUUGGGAGGAUUUUCACCGAAACAUACAGGAGUGAUCAGUGCCAAGUCUUAUUACGCAUAUUGUUGACAUGUUCCGCUUCAGUUAUUUUCAGCAGAGUUAUGGCCUUUGAUUGGUGACAUUUUACAGUCUUUACUCUACUUACUAUGUACAGUUAGGCUGAAUUUCACCAGACCCCACAAGUGAUUAGUGUGAAGCAUAGUUGUGCAUGUUCUAAUUAAAUGAUUUACAGCGGUGUCAUGAACCUUUAUCUGUCUUUGAAUGUGCUACUUCUCUUUACCACUGGUUAGAAUUCCACCUAACUUCACAGGAGUUAUCAAUGCCAAAUCUAGUUGUGUAUAUGGUUGGAAUGUUAUGGUUCAGUGAUUUCCCUUAGAGUUAUGGCUCUUAAUUUGUGGCAUUUUACAAUUUCUGCAUGGUAAUUGGUGAGAGACAUUGGUUUUUCGUGACAAAACACCCUCUAGUUUUUUUACUGAACUAACAGAAUACACUUACUGCCAUGUGAAAUGAAUAUUUGAUUUUCAAAAUGUAGCAGAAUGAAAUAAGAAAAUAAACUGGGAUUUCAAUUUUCUGCAUUUUCAAAAUAUCACAAUGUUUGUGUUUCUUGGAAUUAAAUGUCAAAAUAUCUGUCAGAUUGAGGACUAAGAGAAAUCUGUUGUAAAUUGUUAUAUAAAUUCAGUUUUCAGUUCAGUCCUCCUUCGAUUUAUGAAAUCCAUUCCUCUCUUAUUCGUAUAUACUUGUAUGCCUAACCCAAAUCAGUCAGUGUAAUUGGUGAUUACUAGAAUAUUUUAGGCAGAAAUAUUGUGUUAUAUGAGUAAGAUAUAUGAACUGUAGAGGUAUUGUAAGCAUUAUAAUUGGAGUAAGUUAUAUCACUGUGCUUGUUUUAAAAGGUAUAACUUAAUAGGUAUACACGAGUUAAGAAUGUGUAUUAUGAUAGUUAGUAAUUGUAAAUUUGUAAUUAGUAUAAUUAGCUAUAUGGAAAAGAUAUUAAAUUGUUUAAGUUGACAUGUUACUAAAUUAUUGGGAAAUUAAGUUGAAAUGUUACUCAAUUAUUGGGAAAUAUUAUUAUUUGAUGAGUAUUGAUGUAAUGAAUUAAGAUGUAAUUGCAUUUUGGAUCAAAUGACUUUAUAAAUGAAAGAAGUGUAAUUAUUAUUAGUGGUAUACAUGUCUAUAAUUUGGUAUAAUCACUAUAUUUGUGUAUAUUAGCUGAAUUAGAUCAGCUUACUGUGAAUACCACUGUAAAUAUCUAAACAUUUUGUCACAGUCCCUGUUACUUAUUACUGACAGUUCUUUUCUUGCAUCGCGACACGACAUUUAUCAUACUUUAUUUUUGAAGAAAUUAAAUAAAAAUGGCAUUUUUGUUUUGUUGGCCGAAACAUUGACCAUCUUUCAUUCAGAAACAAUGAUGCAUAAUACUGGUUAUGAUAUACUCUAGAAAUUCAGAAACAUAUUGCAAACUGUAUCAAUGUUUGUAAAUGGCACAUGUGUUUGACUUUUCAAACUUUUAUUUUUUAUUUUAUAUUUGUUAGGUCCAAGUUUGUAUUGUUUUUAAAAAAAAAGUGUCUUAAAGAAAAUUAAAUGAAAUGCAGGGGUUACACAAUGGGCAUGUUUUUUCAGUCAGUCGAUUUUUAGCUCACCUGAGCAUUGUGAUCGCUCGAUGUAUGGCGUCUGUCUGUCAACAUUUUAGCUUGUGUAUGCGAUAAAGGCUGUAUUUUUCAACUGAUCAUUAUGAAAUUUGGACAGAAUGAUUACCUUGAUGAAAUCUAGGCCAAGUUCGAAAAUGGGUCAUCUGGGGUCAAAAACUAGGUCACUAGGUCAAAUCAAAGAAAAACCUUGUGUAUGCGUUGGAGGCUGUAUUUUUAGCUCGACUAUUCGAAGAAUAGUCUAGCUAUUCUACUCACCCUGGCGUCGGCGUCACACCUUGGUUAAGUUUUUGCAUGCAAGUACAUACAGCUAUCAUUUAAAGGCAUAUAGCUUUGAAACUUAUUUAUUCUUUUUCUAGGUCAAUUACCAACCUCACUGGGUCAAGUUCCAUAACUCUAACAUGUAUUUUGAGCAAAUUAUGCCCCCUUUUGGACUUAGAAAAUUCUGGUUAAAGUUUUACAUGCAAGUUACUAUCUCCAAAAUUAAUGCAGAUAUUGAAUUGAAACUUCACAUGUGUCUUCGGGGUUAUAAAACUAGUUGAUAGCACCAAGUCCCAUAACUCUGACCUUCAUUUUGGCCAAAUUAUGCCCCCUUUUGGACUUAGAAAAUUCUGGUUAAAGUUUUGCGUGCAAGUACAUACAGCUAUUACUAAAAGGCAUAUAGAUUUGAAACUUAUUUUUUCUUUUUCUAGAUCAAUUACCUACCUCACUGGGUCAAGUCCCAUAACUCUGACAUGUAUUUUGAGCAAAUUAUGACCCCUUUUGGACUUAGAAAAUCCUGGUUAAAGUUUUACAUGCAAGUAACUAUCUCCAAAACUACUACAGAUAUUAAAUUGAAACUUCACAUGUGUCUUCGGGGUUAUAAAACUAGUUGAUAGCACCAAGUCCCAUAACUCUGACAUGUAUUUUGGGCAAAUUAUGCCCCUUUUGGACUUAGAAAAUCCUGGUUAAAGUUUGUCGUGCAAGUACAUACAGCUAUUACUAAAAGGCAUAUAGAUUUGAAACUUAUUUUUUCUUUUUCUAGAUCAAUUACCUACCUCACUGGGUCAAGUCCCAUAACUCUGACAUGUAUUUUGGGCAAAUUAUGCCCCCUUUUGGACUUAGAAAAUUCUGGUUAAAGUUUUACAUGCAAGUAACUAUCUCCAAAACUACUGCAGAUAUUAAAUUGAAACUUCACGUGUCUUCGGGGUUAUAAAACUAGUUGAUAGCACCAAGUCCCAUAACUCUGACAUGUAUUUUGGGCAAAUUAUGCCCCCUUUUGGACUUAGAAAAUCCUGGUUAAAGUUUUGCGUGCAAGUACAUACAGCUAUCAUUAAAGGCAUAUAGCUUUGAAACUUAUUUAUUCUUUUUCUAGGUCAAUUACCAACCUCACUGGGUCAAGUUCCAUAACUCUUAACAUGUAUUUUGAGCAAAUUAUGCCCCCUUUUGGACUUAGAAAAUUCUGGUUAAAGUUUUACAUGCAAGUUACUAUCCCCAAAACUAAUGCAGAUAUUGAAUUGAAACUAAACAUGUUUCUUCGGGGUUAUAAAACUAGUUCAUAACAUCAAGUCCCAUAACUCUGAUAUGUAUUUUGGUCAAAUUAUGUCCCCUUUCGAACUUAAAACUCUUUUGAUAUUUAACAUUUUGGGUAAUAAUUUCCUGCUUCUGUGACAAUAUUUCGAAUAGUCGAGCUUGGCUGUCUUAAGGACAGCUCUUGUUCAAUUGAUCUUCAUGAAAUGUGGUCAGAAUGAUUGCCCUGAUGAAAUCUAGGUCGAGUUUGAAUAUGGGUCAUCUGGGUUCAAAAACUAGAUCACUAGGUCAAAUCAAAGAAAAACCUUGUGUAUGCGUCGGAGGCUGUAUUUUUCAAACGAUCUUCAUGAAAUUUGGUCAGAAUGAUUGCCUUGAUGAAAUUUAGGUCGAGUUUGAAUAUGGAUCAUCUGGAGUUAAAAACUAGGUCACUAGGUCAAAUCAAAGAAAACCUUGUGUAUGUGAUAUAGGCUGUAUUUUUCAAAUGAUCUCCAUGAAAUUUGGUCAGAAUGAUUGCCUUGAUGAAAUCUAGGUCGAAUUCGAAUAUGGAUCAUCUGGGGUUAAAAAGUAGGUCACUACGUCAAAUCAAAGGAAAACCUUGUGUAUGCAAUAGAGGCUGUAUUUUUCAAUUGAUUUUCAUGAAAUUUGGUCAGAAUUAUUGCCUUGAUGAAAUCUAGGUCGAGUUUGAAUAUGGAUCAUCUGGAGUUAAAAACUAGGUCACUAGGUCAAAUCAAAGAAAAACCUUGUGUAUGUGAUAUAGGCUGUAUUUUUCAAAUGAUCUCCAUGAAAUUUGAAUAUGGGUCAUCUGGCUUCAAAAACUAGGUCACAUCAAAGAAAAUAGUUGUUUAAACUCAAGAGACCACAUUUUUGGUCCAAUCCUAAUGAAAAUUGGCCAGAAUAAUUUUUUCCAUGAAAUCAUUAGGUCAAAACUGUUUACACUGUUAUGGUGUGUUUCUCAGAUGAGCGACCUAGGGCCAUCUUGGCCCUCUUGUUUAUAUCAUAUAUGAUAGCCUGUGAAUAAUCUGGUAAGAUUUCAGAUACAAAUUUACAGACGUCUGAAAGUCCACAUUGCUCUAGGUGGAAAUCUCGUGCUUUUGUUUGGACAACUUUCUUCAACAUUUAUGACCCUGUAAAUGAAGUCUUUUGUUUUAGAGGAUUUUUUGUCAAUUUUGGUUUAGAUAAAACUAAAGAAGGCAGUGGUAUGUAAUAAAAGGGUCAUUACAACAGUAGCUUGAUCUGACAUGAAUCACCAUUCAUGAGGUUUUCAAGGCUGGGUCAAUGUUGUGCUUGCACCCGCCUGAUCCAGCCCUGGCAAAGUCCAUUGAAGCCAAAUUCAACAUCUCAGAUCAAGCUACUAGUACUGUUACUCUGUUGUGUUAAAAUCUGUAAAGAAGACAUUUAAAAUUUUCACAACAACUGAAGGAGUAGCUUAAAUGUAAAUAAUAAUAUGUACAAAUUAAAUGUAUAGCCAAAAAUAUACAGCAUCGAAACACUGCCAUCUCUGUUAGGGCAUUUUUGUUUUCUUUUAUGGGUCAUUUUUAUUAGCUCAUCUGAUUUUUUGAAAAAAAAUGAUGAGUUAUUGUCAUCACUUGAGCGGUUGUCGGCGUCGGCGUCGGCGUCGGCGUCUGCGUCGGCGUUGCCUGGUUAAGUUUUAUGUUUAGGUCAGCUUUUCUCCUAAACUAUCAAAGCUAUUGCUUUGAAACUUGGAAUACUUGUUCACCAUCAUAAGCUGACCCUGUAUAGCAAGAAACAUAACUCCAUCUUGCUUUUUGCAAGAUUUAUGGCCCCUUUUGUACUUAGAAAAUAUCAGAUUUCUUGGUUAAGUUUUAUGUUUAGGUCAACUUUUCUCCUAAACUAUCAAAGCUAUUGCUUUGAAACUUGGAAUACUUGUUCACCAUCAUAAGCAGACCCUGUACAUCAAGAAACAUAACUCCAUCUUGCUCUUUGCAAGAUUUAUUGCCCCUUUUGGACUUAGAAAAUCAGUUUUCUUGGUUAAGUUUUAUGUUAGGUCAGCUUUUAUCCUAAACUAUCAAAGCUAUUGCUUUAAAACUUGCAACACUUGUUCACCAUCAUAAGUUGACCCUGUAUAGCAAGAAACGUAACUCCGUCCUGCUUUUUGCAAGAUUUAUGGCCCCUUUUGGACUUAGAAAAUAUCAGAUUUCUUGGUUAAGUUUUAUGUUUAGGUCAACUUUCUCUCUUAAACUAUCAAAGCUAUUGCUUUGAAACUUGCAACACUUGUUCACCAUCAUAAGCUGACCCUGUACAGCAAGCAACAUAACUCCAUCCUGCUUUUUGCAAUAAUUAUUGCCCCUUUUGGACUUAGAAAAUCAUUUUCUUGGUUGAGUAUUAUGUUUAAGUCAACUUUUCUCAUAAACUAUCAAAGCUAUUGCUUUAAAACUUGCAACAGUUUUUCACCAUCAUAAGUGGACACUGUACAUCAAGAAACAUAACUCUAUCCUGCUUUUUGCAAGAAUGAUGGCCCUUUUUAGACUUAGAAAAUCAUGGGUAGGACAAUAUUUUUAUUACACAAAAAAAAUCAGAUGAGCGUCAGCACCCGCAAGGCGGUGCUCUUGUUAAAGAUAUGUAUGUUUCAGCUUGUGUGUUGAUUUUCAAAAGCAAAAUUGUUUCAGAUUUUCACCGAUGGUCUAUGACAUGUAGACAUAUACAGUCAAAACUCGGUAUCUCAAACUCGCUUAAGUCGAAGAAAUUUUCAAGUCCCGUCAAAUUUCCUUUUUUAUAUAUGUGAUUCAACUUCUGUUACGUCAAAAUUUGACAUACCGAGACUCCGGAUGUGUCGAAAGGAAUUUUCAGUCCCGUCAAUAAAAUUCAACUGCAUUGUAAACUUGGUAAGUUGAAGUGAGAAAAAUAAGCGAUAAAAUUUCACACAUGACAUUGUGAAUGUGGUUUGUUUUUAACACAUGUCCAUGUUUAUUGCCUAACCAGAAAGCUGUGAUGCUGACAUAUCACAGGUGCGGCGAUUAUCAAAGUGAGUGACGUCAUACUUGUUUCCAGGUGCCAUAAUGAUAAUUGUUUGAUGUAAACUUUAGAUUUCUUUAAUCAGCAGUCAUUAAUUUUUUUGAGAUGUUAUGACAAUUGCUUUUAAUUUAAACUAAUGAAUUAAUUAGUUUGAACACUUGGAAUAUUUAGUAAGGAUUAAUUAGAGGUAAUCGCGAUGAGACUGUAUAAAAAUCAACUUCUUGGGGGCAAAGCAUCAGUUGUUCAAAAAUGUCAGAUCGAAAUGCUGUCAACCUUCUGGGAGAGAAACGUAAUUCAAAAAAGAAACUUGACUCAAAAACAUUUGAGGUUGGUAUCAUUUUUAUUCUUUGAAAACUGAAAACUUUGAUAAACACAAACUGUACGGAAUCGUGAUGCGUGAAGUGCCAACAGCAUAUACACGGCAUCAAGGAGACAGUUUUUAUUUUUUAUCAAAUCUUUUCGUAAUAUGUACUCAUUUCGUCCAUAUAAGUCCCUCCUCAUAACUUGAAUUUCGGUUAUCUCGAAAUAAAAAGCACGGUCUCUUGGAAUUCGAGAUACCAAGUUUUGACUGUAUUUUUAAGGGACUAUAUUCCUAUUAUGGCACUAUGUUAUUUUCUGUCUGUUCAGUAUAGUGAGAUGGUAUCUUGCUGGGGUACAUGUAAACAGUAUAUAUACAUUUAUAGAUUCAAUUUUAUCUACUUUGCUUAAUGAGACAAAUAUAGUUCCAAAAUCAUUGACUUCUAAUUUUGUGCAUAUAUAUUUGGAAUAAUUUGUUCAGUUGAAAGAUAUUUCUGGUUUUAGCCCAAGGCAAGAAGACUUUAGUUUUCACCAACAUUCGUUUCUAGUGGAAUAUUUGUAUCAUUGCUCAUGUUAAUUUAAUGUUGUUGUACACAAUUGAAAUAUGUCCCUUCGGGGAAAUGAAUUAUUCCCAGUAGAAAGUUCUGUAUAAUACAAUGUAACAUUGUAUCAUGUCAUUUACAUUCAGGAUGUGCAAUACUAAUCAAGAAUGGUGCAUUUGCUGCGAGUAAAUCAAGCUAAAAAUUCAAAUAUAGAUUCAUAUUUCAUUGACAGGUUGCAAGUCUUGUUUUUGCAGCAUAGUCCUUUGCUCUCGGUAGAAUUACAACAUGAAAACUGUUUUGUUUGAUGGUACAUUCCAUUCACAUCUAUUUAUUAUUGUUUAAAUUAAGAGAAUCAUAAUUUUGCAAUUUUUUAAUAUGCUUUCUUCAUUCUGUUGUUUUGAAGAGUCUCAGCUUUAACUUUUGUUCUAUUUUGUGAUUUUGAUAAAGUUGUGAAUUCCAGUUAAAUAUGUUAGUGAUAUAUUUACGUUAUGUUAAAUUUGUUUGUUAGUUGCAAGACUUUUUAAAUUAAUUUUGUUUUGUUCAUUUGCUUGCUGUUUGAUCAGAAAGGGGAUUUUUAAAAGCUCCGCUGACUGACUUCUGACAGUGGCAGUGUGUUCAGUCAGCUUGACUUCCGACAGUGGCAGUGUGUUCAGUCAGCUUGACUUCCGACACUGGCAGUGUAUUCAGUCAGCUUGAAUUCUGACACUGGCAGUGUAUUCAGUCAGCUUGAAUUCCGACACUGGCAGUGUAUUCAGUCAGCUUGAAUUCCAACACUGGCAGUGUAUUCAGUCAGCUUGAAUUCCGACACUGGCAGUGUAUUCAGUCAGCUUGACUUCCGAAACUGGCAGUGUGUUCAGUCAGCUUGAAUUCCGACACUGGCAGUGUGUUCAGUCAGCUUAGAGCAGUAUAUCUGUAUCUAUAAACAGUGGAUCAGUUGUUACAGUUCAGAUCGUCUGUAUUAGUAUCCCUGUACAUGUCAAAUAUUGGUCAGCCUGCUUUGUUAAAAAUAAAGAUAAUCUGUAAAAAUACUCAGGCUUUGAAAAAAUUGUCAUAGAAGUUCAAGGAUAUUUUCAGGCUGUGUUGAAGUUUCAGUUAAUAUUGUUUAUUGAUACAUGUAUAUUCAGUACAUUCCACAUCAGGUUGUGGUAUGUUUUUUGUUUUUUUUUAUAUACUCCACAUCUUUAUUCCAGUAUGUUACUUACAUUUUGUCAUUAUAAAAGAAUUUCUAUAUUUAUGUAAGAAGUAACAUACAGUAGAGCCAUGUUUUAGUAUGUUUAAACAAUACAAAGAGGCUGUACUUCAGCAGAAUAAAGGUGCGAUUAUUAGAACAGCCAUUGUUGAAACAGGCUUUUUAGCUCACCUGUCACAAAGUGACAAGGUGAGCUUUUGUGAUCGCGCGGUGUCCGUCGUCCGUCGUCCGUGCGUCAGUGCGUCCGUGCGUCCGUAAACUUUUGCUUGUGACCACUCUAGAGGUCACAUUUUUCAUGGGAUCUUUAUGAAAGUUGGUCAGAAUGUUCAUCUUGAUGAUAUCUAGGUCAAGUUCGAAACUGGGUCACGUGCCAUCAAAAACUAGGUCAGUAGGUCUAAAAAUAGAAAAACCUUGUGACCUCUCUAGAGGCCAUAUAUUUCAUAAGAGCUUCAUGAAAAUUGGUCAGAAUGUUCACCUUGAUGAUAUCUAGGUCAAGUUCGAAACUGGGUCACGUGGUUUCAAAAACUAGGUCAGUAGGUCUAAAAAUAGAAAAACGUUGUGACCUCUCUAGAGGCCAUAUUUUUCAUGAGAUCUUCAUGAAUAUUGGUCAGAAUGUUCACCUUGAUGAUAUCUAGGUCAAGUUCGAAACUGGGUCACGUAAGGUCAAAAACUAGGUCAUUAGGUCUAAAAAUAGAAAAACCUUGUGACCUCUCUAGAGGCCAUAUUUCUCAAUGGAUCUUCAUGAAAAUUGGUCAGAAUGUUCACCUUGAUGAUAUCUAGGUCAAGUUCGAAACUGGGUCACGUGGGGUUAAAAACUAGGUCAGUAGAUCUAAAAAUAGAAAAACCUUGUGACCUCUCUAGAGGCCAUAUUUUUCAUGAGAUCUUCAUGAAUAUUGGUCAGAAUGUUCACCUUGAUGAUAUCUAGGUCAAGUUCGAAACUGGGUCAUGUGGGGUCAAAAACUAGGUCAGUAGGUCUAAAAAUAGAAAAACCUUGUGACCUCUCUAGAGGCCAUAUUUCUCAAUGGAUCUUCAUGAAAAUUAAUCAGAAUGUUCACCUUGAUGAUAUCUAGGUCAAGUUCGAAACUGGGUCACGUGCGGUCAAAAACUAGGUCAGUAGAUCUAAAAAUAGAAAAACCUUGUGACCUCUCUAGAGGCCAUAUUUUUCAUGAGAUCUUCAUGAUUAUUGGUCAGAAUGUUCACUUUGAUGAUAUCUAGGUCAGGUUUGUAACUGGGUCAUGUGCGGUCAAAAACUAGGUCAGUAGGUCGAAAAAUAGAAAAACCUUGUGACCUCUCUAGAGGCCAUAUUUUUCACGAGAUCUUCAUGAAAAUUGGUGAGAAUGUUCACCUUGAUGAUAUCUAGGUCAAGUUUAAAAGUGGGUCACGUGCCUUCAAAAACUAGGCCAUUAGGUCAAAUAAUAGAAAAACCUUGUGACCUCUCUAGAGGCCAUAUUUUUCAAUGGAUCUUCAUGAAAAUUGGUCAGAAUUUUUUAUCUUGAUGAUAUCUAGGUCACAUGUGCUCAAAAACUAGGUCACUAUGUCAAAUAAUAGAAAUAAUGACGUCAUACUCAGUUCAACACUGGGUCAUGUGGGGAUAGGUGAGCGAUUCAGGACCAUCAUGGUCCUCUUGUUUUGUUUUUCAUUUAAGAAAUAAUUUAUAGCAAAAGUGUUUUAACACUAUUUAUGCACGAUGGGCGGUUAUACGUCAGGCAUAAUAAUUUCACGAGGGCGCAGCCCGAGUGAAACUAUUUUUACGACAUAUUACCACCGGAGUGUAUAUAUAGUGUUAAAACAUGGUUUUGCUAUAAAUCAUUUUGAUUGUUAUAUGCCCUUAAUCUAAAACAGUAGAUAAAUUAUAGUAGCGCUCUUUCUUGGUCGCAACAAGAACAUUGACGUUACCGCAUGUUAAUGUGAAGUCAUUCUAGCGUAAAGGCGUUUUAACAGAGAAAAGCAUAUUAGAAUUAACUGUAAUGUUGGAUCAUGUUUGAAUAUUUUAUGAAGUAAGUGCUCUGAAUGUGAUUAUUAGUUAGCAUGAAGUGCCAAGUGUUCUUUAUUUAAAGAAUUCACAUGUAUAUUGAUGGGGAUUUGGAGCAAUCAUUAUAAGCCAAAUAGAAAACAUGUAUGUGAAAAGGCUAUUUUUCCUGCUGUGUGUGCUACAUUCUAUAUGAAGUUUUCCAGACUUUAAAAGUUGGUCAAUCACAUUUUAUAUUCUUCAUAUUUAGCUUGACUACUGAAGAAUAAGGUCUAUUGUACUCAUCCUGGUGUCAGCAUCUGUGUUGGUUGAAGUUUUUAUGAAGUUCAGUUUCUGCUUCAUUACUUAAGCAGGCUGUCUAGCGUCCCUAAAAUUCCUACUUUUUCCUAUUUUUUUUCAAUUUGGCUAAAAUUCCUAAUUUUUAAAAAAAAAUAAAGGAAAUUCCUUAAAAGGCCCUAUUUUUUCACAAAGAUUCCUAAUUUUUUAACUUUUUUGCAAUGAUCAAAAAGAGAAAAUGUUUUAAAUGUUGUUAAAAAGUUCUUCUAAUUCAGAAAAAAACAGUUUAGCACAGUUCAAAGCAGUUUACCAGUGGAUCCAAUAGCUGAAAACAGUGGAAAGCUGGUAGACGUCUUUUCUGUAUAUAAAGCACUAUUUGUGAGUUACUUUUAUGUCAAUGACAUAAAGGUAAGCACAUUACAUGGUCUUUACAGUCCAUAUUUUAAUUUGAAAAUUCCUAAAUUUAGCCCUAAAAUUUCCUUAAAAUUGUACCAAAUUCCUAAUUUUAGCCCUAUUUUUUGUACAAAUUGCCCUAAAAUUAGCCCUAAUUUUUUGUCAGGGUAUGCUAGACAGCCUGCUUAAGGUUAAAACCUCGCAAAGACUGAAUCAGUUGUGUCCAGUAUAAUAAGGGUUAAAUGAAACUUGCUGUACUUGCUCAAAAUGGCAGUGUACAUUAGUGUGAGUAUAACUCUGCUUGCAGUAUUUCGAGAGUUAUGCUGCUUUUUGAACAUAGAAAUUUUGGUUAAAGAGUACAUUACAGUGUUCUUAACUGUUAACUUCACACUUAUUUUUCAGAUAAUAAUACAAGGUUAUGACAUCAAGUCCCAUACUUCUUACAAAAUACCUAUUCUUAGAUAUAUAAUCCAUUUUACUUACAAGCAUUCAGAUAGUCAGACAUGUUGUCAGGAGACAGCUCUUGUUCCUGUUUUCUGUUAGAAAUAUAUUAAAGGAAAGAAAAUACCCUUAGUUAGAUCCCAAUUAGAAUUUUUUUCAUAAAAUUUUGAAAAUACUACCUUAAUAUUUAAGUAUUCAAAAAACUGAGUAUUUCUUUCAAUUUCAGUAUAAUUUCUAGUUUUACAUUUGUAUUUGAAUAAUUGAGGUACUGUAACAAUCUGAAGCUAAAGGCAAGUUUUAAAGCUGUGUAUACCGUGUAGCUGUUUACAAUAAAUCUUGGUUCAGCAUCCAAGAUAGGUAAAGGGAGAUAAUUAUUAUUUUACAAACUUGCAUUUCUAAUGAAUUUCUUCUAAAUAUAUGGAUGUGUGAUUACAGCUGCAUAUGUGUAACACUAUCAUAUGUUCAUCAGAGUAUUUACGGUAUAUAGGAGUCAUCUUACAAUCAGUCCGAUUUCCAAAAACUUUGUGGCACAAACUGCUUCUACUCUUGAAGAGAUUUAAAUAAAACUUUAUACACAUGAUCACCAUG